UUUACUUAAUUUAGGGGAAAAUAAGGAAGUUGUUUUACUUAUAUUAAGACUUUAUUACUAGCUUGAUUUCUAAUCUGUAUCAUUGCUUAUAAAGUAUUGAAAAUCAUGGCAUGUUUAUUGAUGUUCUUAGCUUGACCUAGAUUAUGAAUGAAAUUCUUUUGUUUUAUCAGUAUGAAUCACAGUAGCUUUUAGAGUUUUAGCCAGUUGUUUGCUUUGCGUAGGCCGAUGUGGAUUUUCUUAGGCACCAUUUGGUUUAAGGUAUGAUUGGGAAUGACUAAUGAGAAAGUGAUAGUGAUUGAAUAUUUUCUAUUGUUUGUAUGGUUCAAUAUGUGAUACGAAUUAAAUUAUAUCUUAAUGCGUUUGGUAUGUUGAAAGUUAUUAUGAUUAAAAGACCAUUUCUGCAAUUAUUCAAUUCUUUUGAAUAUAUGUAUUAUGCAAGUCUUGAAAACUAAGAACAUUAACGCCCAGAUGCAUUUGUAUAUGUUUAUUGCUUACUUGUUUUACUGUUAUUCCUAUGCCAGAGAAAAGUAUUUGAAUUUUGUCGAUGAUCUUAAAUUGUGGAUUAAUGUCGAAUUCCUAAACCCUAUUUUCAGUUUUUUCCCAAGAUGACUUUUUUGGAGCUCCUCUUUAAUGAUGUCAAAACUGAAGUUUCAAUUUUGAUGGUGUAUGCAUCUGGUUCAUUUUCAGAAAUGACAGAGAUCUUUGGUUACACCACCGCCUUGAGACAGUUAUCUCAGAUGUUUUUGGCAAUUUUCUUCUUUCAUAGUUCUGAAUAUAUUCUAGCAGUUGGCAUUCAUGGGAAGUCAAAUGUUACUCUCAAGUCACUUCUGGUCAGCAAGAAUUAUCUUCUAGCAAUGAUCUUCUCAUUGGUUGAAUAUAUUGUUGAAUUUUAUUUAUUUCCUGGCUUAAAGGAAUAUUGGUGGAUUAGUAAUUUAGGCAUUGCAAUGGUAGUAUUUGGUGAACUCAUACGCAAGAUGGCAAUUAUUACAGCUGGGCGGUCCUUCACACAUCUUAUUAAGAUUUAUCACGAAGAGCAUCACAAGUUGAUCACUCAUGGAAUCUACAGAUUUGUUCGUCAUCCGGGAUAUUGUGGUUUCUUUAUCUGGUCAGUAGGCACACAGAUAAUGUUGUGCAAUCCUAUAUCAACAAUUGCUUUUACAGGUGUUGUGUGGCGCUUCUUCGCAGAUAGGAUCCCAUAUGAAGAGUAUCUCUUGCGGCAGUUUUUUGGAUCACAGUACGUGGAAUAUGCUCAGCAAAUUCCUUCUGGGGUUCCAUUUGUGAAGUGAAGAUCCAAUAUAGUUGAAGACAAGACUUGCAGCUGAUGAAUUCUUGUAGUUCAUGCUAAAGCCAUACGAAACUUUCAUUUCUGUGCUUCUGGAGCUUUUUCGAAAUUUUGAAACUGAUCAUAUUUAACAAGGAGUGAGUUCCUGGUAAAUAGCAUGGUUUUUUCCCUGGUGCAAGCAGCUAGUUGCCAUGUCUUCAGCAGAGCUUUGCUCAAUAUGGUUAAACAGUUUGCCGAAUAAAUUAUUGCAGAAUGACUACUCUAGUACUCAUCACUGAGUCACCUCUAGCCUGUUACUGCACUCAUUUUUUGGUGCAGACUCUUGUGAAUCCGUUAGGGGAAUUUAUGAAGAUUAAAAAUGAUCAUGUAUGCCAGCAACAAUGAAGAAAAUGAUUGCUCAUGAUGAAUCACUGCAGAGAUUUGGAUGCUCGAGCAGUGGGGUUAGUGUCAACUAAUGUUUUCGUUUUAUGACUCAUUCCUGUAUGUUUGGCAUAAAUGGAAGUGUUAAGCUAAUUUGCACUUGUACAAGGUCCACAAUCGAAACUCAUUAAUGAAUUUGUACAAUAGUUACUGGAAAGUGCACAAUGUUAUAUGUA